AAAAGAUAAAAAACCCUACUUGAAAACUCUCGAUCGUCGAUUUUCACGGUCGUCUAUGUAAGUUUACAUAGAAGAGAACAGUGAGAGCUCUUAAAGUCUUGUCGAACAAUAAUAGAAAUAGAGAUAUUUCGACACUUCAUUUUAUCUCUUGUCUCAAAACAAUACAUCUUUUUCUUAAUUCUUUAAAGUCAGAUUAAUGUUGUCGACAGAAAAUUGUUGUUCCGUCUUGAGGGAAAUCAAUUUUCACUGACUAGAAUGAAUAUGUAGGCCAAGAUUGACGUCCAUCCACCCGUGAAAACGAACCUUCCAAUGCAGAAAUGUAAGCCAGUUGGCAGCCUUUAAUUAAAUACCUGGCGGUGUUAGUCGCAGUUUGUGACCUAUUUACCUGUGGAUGUAUAUAUACCCAUUCUAUGCAACAUUCAUAACAACAGAGUAUUUCGAAAGAUCCAAACACUUGAUUAAUAUAUUAAUAUUCAUGAAUGCAAUCCGGUGGUGAUAGCUGUCUCUGUGAAAUCUGCAUUGCUUUUCUCGCCGAUCCAGUCUAGAAUUUUCAUAUUUUUAAUUCAAAUAGUUCUGGAAAGUACAUAUAGUGGAGUAUACCUAUGUCCAUAAAUGAUAUCCCUCGGAAUUCUUUUAACGGGAUGAGAAAGACGGAUCUCCCUCCGAUACCGCUCCCAGAGUAUUCCGGUCCUGGUACUUCGGGUACAGGAUAUCCAUACACAGAGGUUCCGGCUAUAUCCACGGCAGAACAUGUCCAAGAUCUAAACCCCCCUCCAGCUUAUGAUGACCUGUUUGUACGGAGACCUUCACCUGCUGCUUGGGAGAAUAAAUCCAAUCCUUACAACAAAGAUGACAGAAAUGCCUGGGAAAUUAUCCAUGAAUGGUUUGAAUUAUCGAUUCUCCAACAGAUUAUAUGGCUCGGAGCGCUAGCCUUUUCUAUUUCCUAUAUUUACUACGGCCUGGAAUACAGCGGGGACUGCUACUGGGAAACCUUUGACGAGGACGGGAACUCUACAGGGAAGGAAAACCUAACUGCCUUCAUACAAGCAGAGGGCGGAGUUUCGUGCGCUUUCGUUCUGUAUGUUUUUCUGUGGCGGUUGUGGGCUUUUUGUCAAACUUCCAGGACCACGCGCAUAACCAGGGACGAUAUCGAGGGUCAGAAGAAAUGCGGAGGACUUUUCUUCUUCCUCAGCAUUGGGAUAUUUUGGGCUAACUUUGGUGUGAGUGUUGCAGGAGCAGCAAAAAUAUUUAGCCUGUAUGACAGUAAGGACACCUCUGACGGCAAAACCUACAUCAUUCAGUGUCAUCCAGAUUUCUACUGGUUCUACCAUAACGCCGAAAAAGGUCAUCUGGCUGUCCUUGUUCCAUACGUUGCCUACGUUCUUUUUGGCUUCUUCUUCAUGAUCAAUGUGCAAAAGAAAUGGUCUUUACACCGGAAGUGGCGUCAGUGGGUUAGACUUCUUGACGCUGACCAUGAUGGCAUCAUUAGGCCAGAAGACAUGGAGAAAACCAACGCCAAGCUGGAGCAAAUCCGAAGACUCGUCGGAGCGAGACAGUCACCCCUGUCAGCAGAAGACCAGAGGAAAUGGUGGAACGACAACAUUUUCAAAGGCGGACCCGGAAAACCUAUAUCAUUGCACGAUUACACUUCAUUUUUGGAGGGAUCUAUGGUGUCCGUAAACAAUCCGCAUGAAAAUGCCAACAAAAUGAGACCAGUCAUUACGGGAUUUUUCAAUUUCUUCUCAACCGAUGAAUAUCGCAAGAAAAAUCUCAUUAUCUGUGAAGAUGACUUUAUCAGGUUUUGGAGAAUUCUCGCAGACAUCGAUGAACAGCACUGCAGGGAGAUGUUCAACAAACAUUUUCCAGCACCCGUAACAAUGGCUUCUUUCAUGGAAGAUUUCACGGCUUUUGUCUCUCAUGUUGAUUUUUGGGAUGAAUAUAGCAAUAGGGUUUUCAAUCUUCUUAAAUUCCGGCGCACCGGCUGUUUCUGCAAAGUGCACAUAUAAUUCAUUGACUUGUAGGACUGCAGCGGGAGUGAUAUUAAGAAAUGAAUCGAUACUUAUGAUUUAUCGAAAUUGUUUUCAUAGAUGUGAAGUGAUGAAAUUUGGUACAUGUAGUUAUAUAUUCUUUUGUUUAUACAUAUUUUGGCGCUUCAUAAAUUUGCGGAUUUUCCAAAACAAGCAUGAAGAUGGCAACACCAUAUCCUACACAGCAUUGCUAAGGUUAACUAAACAUUGUAAAGGUAAUACAAUUAGACUUCUAAAAUCUGUUGUGAUGUUGGUAGAUUUCUGUCACUCGUUAGAUGAAAUAAAUAUUCAUUACCCACUGAAA